AUGGCACGCCAUGUUGACGACGUUGCUAAGGAGUAUGAUGUUGAUUUUCGACGUGUUACGGAUGAGCCGACCGUGGCAAAUACCCUCUGGGAGGGGCUGAUGAAUCUGAAGAAUGUCAUCUGGGCAACCGAUCUGUAUACCACCCGCGACAACGCUCUCCGGGUGAUUUUGCAACUGCUGGAGACGGAUGACGAUGUAUUCCACCGGGAGCCGUUCUAUGAGGAGACCCAAACUCGAAUUCAGGAUGCUAUUUGUGCAAAGUUAGGGAAUGAUGCUAUUCUGAAGCUCAAGGCACAUGAGCCUGAGCUGAUUGAGAGUGGAUUGAGUGAUCUGUAA